UCGCCAUACUGCUUUCCAAGCAGGAUUCGGAUCCACAGUCUCUAUUAUAUGCAGGUUUUCCUCGUCUAACGAAAGGUUGGUCAAAAUCAGCGACGUCCCUGCAGCCGCUCACUACCAAGUAUCUCAAUGACCUCCCCAAUCUCUGCCAGCAUUGCUCUGUCGACGUACGUAAGAGCAAGAAGCACACACGCCACUGCCUCUCUGUUCAACCGUUCAAGUGGGUUGAGGACUCCGUGCGGUGUUGCCUGGAUCCAAUGUGUCUAUUUGACCCUGCUUUGGAUGUUUCAAUCAUGGUCUAGCUUGCUAAGUGGCAGCAUGGCAACGGCAUUGGUGAGGAGGACAAAGUGACCGUGCUAUGGCUCGUUGUGCUUCCAGGCCCUUGUCGGAUGGAACCUCGUGUCGCAUCUUGACGGAUUCUCCGCCAGCAUCUUGACAGUGAGAACGCUGAUGCGCAAGAGUCGAGGUGCCUUAUUCCAUCGCGGCACACAAGACCUUCUCCCCGAUCGGUCUUCGUUGUGUCCGUAUUGAUCCUCACUGCCUA